AUGGAAAAGGCUUUGUCCUCCCUCAUGACCAACAUCACCUAUUACAGCACUGACUCUGAGAUUGAGGAGACAAACACAUCUGGAGGGGGACCGGAGACAGUCAUCGUACCUGUGCUGUUUGGGUUAAUCUUCUUCCUGGGCAUGGUGGGGAACACGCUGGUGUUGGUGGUCCUAGGGCGCCUCCGGCCAGUAGGGCGGCCCUCACGCAGCGCCACCAACAUCUUCAUCCUCAACCUGAGCAUUGCCGACUUCUCCUUCCUGCUCUUCUGCGUCCCUUUCCAGGCGACCAUCUACUCCUUGCCCGAGUGGGUCUUUGGCGCUUUCUUCUGCAAAUGGGUGCACUACCUAGCCAUGACCACCAUGCUGGUCAGCAUAUUCACCCUGGUGGCCAUGUCGGUGGACAGAUACAUCGCCGUGGUGCACGCCAAGCGCUCGCUGUGCAUCCGCAGCAAGCGCAACGCCACCAUGGGGGUGGCCGCCAUCUGGGUCCUCUCCCUGCUCUUCGCCAUCCCCGUGGCUCAGCACCAGUCCCUCGUGAGCGGGCACUACCAGGCGCCCAACAGUUCCUUCUGCUGGGAACAGUGGGCUGGCAACUCCACAGCCAAGCAAAUCUACAAGGUUACCAUCCUGAUUGUGGGCUACCUGUUGCCGCUGAUGCUCAUCACUUGUUGUUAUGCCAAGGUUCUGUAUCAUCUUCAUAAAAAGGUGAAGAAUAUUUCAAGGACAUCGGUGAGAUCAAAAAGAAAGACAGCACAAACAGUUCUACUUGUGGUUGCCGUGUUCCUGAUCUCCUGGCUACCUCACCACAUCAUCACCAUGUGGGUAGAGUUUGGGCGUUUCCCAUUGAACAAUUUCUCCUUUACCUUCCGUAUAAUAUCCCACUGCUUAGCCUACGGGAACUCCUGCAUCAACCCGAUCAUCUACGCUUUCUUGUCCGAGAAUUUCCGCAAAGCCUGCCGGCAAGUCUUCGCUUGCAAGCUUCUCCUUCAGCCAGCCCCUAAAGAGAAGUUGGUGAGGAUUCGUAUGGAGAACUUUUCCACCACUCAUUCGACAAUUAAUGCCUGA